AUGCUUCUCAUGGAUGCUAAUGGUGACAAAAUUCAGGCUACGGUCUGGAGUAGCCAUGUUGCAAAAUUUGAGUCAUCAUUGAAAGAAGGGUUUUGCUACGAGAUUAGGGGGUUUAGCGUUGCUAUGAAUAAUUACAUAUACAAACCUUGCACUCACUCAUGCAGGUUGUAUUUCAAGUUUGACACCUUUGUUAAACCAAUUGAAGGGUUGGAAAUUCCCUUUUACGGGUUUAACUUCACACCGUAUUCCGCUAUAUUUCAACAAUCUAGAGAGGAUGAGAAAUUGAUCGAUGUCAUAAGUGUUGUCGUAGCAAAAGGUGAGCUAUCAAAUUUCUACAAAGGAAAUAAAACAGUCAACUAUAUUGUUGUUGAUCUCGAUGCUCUAGACGGAAGUGAAAUUUUGAGUUGUACAUUGUGGGAAGAUUUCGCUCAACAAUUUUUACAAUAUGUUGCUGAGGGAUACGAUGGUCCUAUUGUUCUUAUUCUGCAAUUGGCUAAACUGAAAUUGUUCAAAGAUAUUCAUGUGGUUCAAGACCUUAAGAAAAGGUAUCUGAUGAAAAAUCCUAAUGGAAAUUCUGCCACAAUAACUGCGGCGUCAAAGUACCCAUUGAGCAAUGAUGUGUUGAAUGAAUCGGUUUACAAGUCAAUUGCGGAGUUAAAAAACAACAAUGAGGAUGGUUAUUUUGUGACAUACGGAAUUGUGAAAGACAUUAAAUUAAGAACAAAUUGGACAUAUCGUGCGUGCCCAAUGAGGAAUUGCUUAGCUGGAGUGAAGGAACAAGAUGGGAGAUAUUUUUGCAGAAAAUGCAAUAAGGGUUACCACAAUGCUACAUUUAGGUACAACAUUCAAAUAGUGGUAGCUGAUGAAACUGAUUCUACAACCUUCACCGUUUUUGACCGUGAGGCUAGCAGUUUUUUGAAAAAAAGCGCAGUGGAACUUCACAAUUCAUAUGCUGAAAGGGUAAUCUCAUUGAAAUUACUUCUUUAA